ACAAGUCCCAUAAGCAUCUCUCUCUCUCUCUCCAAACACCCCUUGCUUUUCUUCUUGGGUGGUACUACUUUGUUUGAAAGCGGUCCCAUGAGGAAUUGACUGAUAGAAGGCAGCUCAAAUAGAGUAGAGGCCUGCUCACGUUGAGAGUCAUCAGACCCAUUUCUCAGCUAUGGAGCAUACUCAAACGAGUAUGAGUAACACCGGCCCUCAGUGUGUAGAGAUAGACAUGGAGGUGCACAAGGUUGUUCCACCUCCACCUAAAAGUACGUUCCAGAAGCUGAAGAACAGGCUCAAGGAGACCCUCUUCCCUGACGACCCUCUGCGCCAAUUCAAAGGCCAACCUCUGAAGAAGAAAUGGAUUCUUGGUGCUCAAUACAUCUUUCCCAUCCUCCAAUGGGGCCCUAACUAUAAUCUCAAGCUUCUCAAGUCAGACAUCAUUUCAGGUCUUACCAUUGCAAGCUUAGCCAUUCCACAGGGGAUCAGUUAUGCUAAGUUGGCCAAUCUGCCUCCCAUCAUAGGACUUUACUCUAGCUUUGUGCCUCCACUUGUGUAUGCUGUGCUUGGGAGCUCCAGGGAUCUGGCAGUAGGCCCUGUUUCCAUUGCUUCCCUGAUUCUAGGAUCUAUGUUAAGGGAAGAAGUAUCUCCUGCCCAAGAGCCUCUUCUGUUUCUUCAAUUGGCUUUCACUUCAACCUUUUUUGCUGGUAUCUUCCAAGCUUCCUUGGGAAUUUUAAGGCUUGGUUUCAUAAUUGACUUUCUCUCAAAAGCCAUCCUUAUUGGUUUCAUGGCUGGUGCUGCAAUUAUAGUUUCUCUGCAACAGCUCAAGAGCCUUCUUGGGAUUGUGCAUUUCACCAACCAAAUGGGCAUAGUACCUGUUAUGAGCUCUGUUUUCCACAGAACAGAUGAGUGGUCAUGGCAAACCAUACUCAUGGGCUUCUGCUUCCUUGUGUUGCUUCUCUUGGCCAGACACGUUAGCUUGAGAAAACCAAAGCUGUUUUGGGUAUCAGCCGGAGCCCCACUUACCUCAGUGAUCCUCUCCACCCUGCUGGUUUUCGCAUUCAAAGCUCAAAAUCAUGGAAUCAGCAUCAUUGGGAAAUUACAAGAAGGUCUGAAUCCUCUCUCAUGGAAUAUGCUUAGCUUUCAGAGAAGUCAUCUGGGCCUGGUAGUAAGAACUGGACUCAUCACUGGCAUCAUUUCACUUACUGAAGGUAUAGCAGUAGGACGAACAUUCGCUGCUAUCAGGGAUUACCAGGUCGACGGAAACAAGGAGAUGAUGGCAAUCGGGUUGAUGAACAUAGUUGGCUCCUGUACUUCUUGCUACAUUACUACAGGUGCUUUCUCUCGGUCAGCUGUUAAUCACAAUGCAGGGGCAAAGACUGCAGUAUCCAACAUAGUGAUGGCUGUGACUGUAAUGGUGACUCUCCUCUUUCUCAUGCCCCUCUUCUGCUACACACCUAAUGUAGUUCUUGGUGCCAUCAUUAUCACCGCAGUUGUUGGCCUCAUCGAUGUCCCUGCAGCCUAUCUUGUCUGGAAGAUCGAUAGAUUCGAUUUCUUUGUGUUGGUAUCUGCUUUCCUAGGUGUCAUCUUCAUCUCUGCCCAGGGAGGCCUGGCCAUUGCAGUAGGGAUCUCAAUUUUCAAGAUAUUGUUACAGAUCACUAGGCCCAAAACAGUGAUGCUGGGAAAUAUUCCCGGGACGGAUAUCUAUCGCAAUCUCCAUCACUACAAGGAAGCCAGAAGGAUCCCAGGCUUUCUCAUACUGAGCAUUGAAGCUCCAGUUAAUUUUGCUAAUACCACUUACCUCAAUGAAAGGAUCUCGAGAUGGAUAGAAGAAUAUGAAGUAGAAGAAGAAGUUGCAAAGCAAUCUAAUCUUCAUUAUGUUAUCCUAGACAUGUCAGCUGUAAGUGCCAUAGAUACAAGUGGAUUGUCAUUCAUAAAGGAUGUGAAGAAGGCCAUGGAGAAGCGAGGUCUCGAGCUUGUGUUGGUGAAUCCUUUGGGUGAGGUGAUGGAGAAAUUGCAGAGAGCAAAUAAAGCCCACGAGUUCAUGGCCAUGGAUUCUCUCUUCUUGACAGUUGGAGAGGCUGUCGCUUCACUCUCGUUCACAGUGAAGGGGCGGACAUCAAGCAAUAAUGUAUAAUUAUGAAAAAGAUUGAAGGGGGAAAUAGUCAUCAUCUUUAAUUCCUUUCAACUGAAUGUUUCAAGGAAUGACUCUUUGAGUUAUAUUUAGUAGCUGUUUGAGUUUGGUUUCUAUCAUAAUUGACCUGAAGCUUGAGUUA